AUGGUAGCACAGAACUACUUUGCCAGUGGGGUCUUCCAAAAUGACAGUAAGCCGCCCUGCGGAGCCCCCGUCGGGGCGGGGGAGCCGGCCGCCUCGGCGAGCCCAGCGCCACCUUCAGGGCCGGCGCGGAACUGCGGGGCCAGCGCGCGUGCGCGGCGGUCGCCGAGGCCCGGCGGCGGCCGUUGCCAAGGGAACCAACGGCGCGGCCGGCGGUUGGGCCGCCGUGGGCGCCAGAGCGGGGAGCCGGGCCUGCUGGAGGGCGCCAUGGACUCCCCGGAGGGCGGCGACAGUGGCGGGGGGAGCAGCAGCAGCGGCACUGCCAGCGGGGCCGCCGCCUCAGUCGCCUCAGUCGCGGCCGCCUCCUCCUCCGCCUCGGUUCUGGCCGAGCUCGACUGGGACGAUGGGCUCGCCAUCCCCGUGGCCAGCGAGGAGAACAAGCGGCUGGAGGAAAAGUUUCAGAGUCUGCAGAAAGAAAAGGCCGACUUGGAUAACCAGGUAGCAGACUAUGAAGAACGCAUCGCAGCGAUGACGGCACACUUGAAGAACGUCAAGCAGGAGUUUAAUUUGACACAGUCUCUUUCCAGAGCCAGAAAGAAUGAAAUUGAAACCGAGCUGCAUUUUAAAGCCCUUGCGGAAAGAGAACUGGGCCGCCUGACAAGCGAGACCCAGAGGCUGAAGAAUGAGAUGGUUUCGUUAAGGGAGAAGAAAAUUAGCCAAGAAAACAAUGUCUUCAAAUUGAAUCAGAAGCUGGAAACCUUAAGAUGCCAAAUGAACUGGGACCAGCAGGCGUUGGAGGCUUGGUUAGAAGAGUCUGCUCGUAAAGACAACGACGCCUUGGUGAUCCAGAAAUAUGCCCAGCAAGAUGACGGCAAAUUAAGAACACUGACUCUGAAGAUCGAGAUGCUGACUGUAGACUGUAAUCACAGGCGCAAAAUUCUUGACAACGAGCUGACGGAAACCCUUGCUGCUCAGAUUGAGCUGGAUAAGGCGGCCGAAGAUUUCCGCAGGGUUCAUCGCGAGAGGCAAGAGCUUAUCAAACAGUGGGAAAACACCAUAGAGCAAAUGCAGAGAAGAGAUGAAGAAAUAGACCAUUGUGGCUUGCUCUUAGCCCAGGCCAGGCGAGCGAUACGAGCCAAGGAAAGCGUGCUUAAAGACAAGAUCCAGUUCAUGGCGAAUGAGAGCGGCAACAACAUGGAGUACGAGAAGAGAAUUGGCGUAGCCGAUCGGCAGGCUGCCAAACUGAGGACAGAGUACCAAAAAGAGGAGGCUAAUCGGAGCCAGCUGCAGGACGAGCUGGAUACGCUGAAAGCCACUGUAGAUGGGACUGCUUCUGAACUUGAAAUGAUGAGAUUCUCUGUAGCUAACCUGAAGAAGGAAAUCCAGGAGAAGAAUCUCAGGCUAAACUCCUUCAAGGACCAAAACGAGAUCCUUUCAAAGAAGCUGAAAGCUGUGACGGACCGCGCUUUGACGUUAGAAGAGAAAGCGGCCAGGACCGAAGAGAUGCUGAAAGAGAAGGAGAGAACCAACAAGGAAAAGGAAACACUGGCGUUGCAGUUGCGAGAAACACACUUCAAGAAAACCAAGGAGUUACAAGAACUGAAGGACAAAGAGAAGGGCCUCUCAUCUGAAAUCGAUGGACGUCGGGCACUGAUGAAAAACCUCCACAGCCGGUUGGGCCAGUUGGACGCAGAGACUCUCAAGCAACAAGAAAUCAUGUAUAUUCAGGAUUUUUAUAUUCAGCAAGUGGAGCGCAGGCUGUCACGCCUAAAGGGGGAGCUUAACACAGAUGAGAGGCAAGUUUUAGAAGCAAAACUUAAGGAACUUACAAAGAUUGCCGAUGAGAAGAAACAAUCGUGUAAUGUUUUGCAAGAUCAGCAGAAGAAACUUCAGAGCGAUAUUCACUUUACCAAGUUGGCUAUGAGUAAGACUGGAGAAGAAAUGGCUGGCCUGAAUACCAGAGUGGAUGAACUAAACCUUUUCACCGACAAAUCGGAGAAGUUGCUAAAAAAAGCCAGAGCAGAUAAGCAGGAUUUGAUGAUUGAAGAUAACCUCUUGAAGCUGGAACUGAAGCGUGUCAGGAAUACGCUGUACAACAGGGCAGAGAAAGUUUUGUCUCUCGAGAAACGCAAGCAGCAGCUGAGAACAGCAAUGGAAGAAAGGACGGCUGAGAUCAAAGUUCACAAGGCCAUGCUUGAGAGCCAGAUCAGAAUUGCAGAGCAGGAGCGUCUGACGAUGAGCACCGAGUUUCACGAGCGACUGAGUAAAAUCGAUAAGCUGAAGAGCAGGUACGAGAUCAUCACCAUCGUCAUGAUGCCCCCAGAAGGAGAGGAGGACAAAAAUCAGGUCUAUUAUGUCAUUAAGGCUGCUCAGGAAAAGGAGGACUUGCAGCGUGAAGGGGAUGCUUUGGAUGCCACUAUCCAGCAAGCUGAAAAAGAAUGUGCUGCCCUCAAAAAUACCCUGCACGUGCUUAAUAAUUGCAAUAGCAACUACCGAAACUCGUUAAAGAAAGUCACAGAGAACAGUGAAGAAUACGAAGAAAAGCUGCAACUAGAAAAGGAGAAAAGAGCCGCAGAUGAGAAAUACAGAUAUAAGCGAAGGCAGAUCAAGGAGCUCCAGGAAGAUAUCCAGGCCAUGCAAAAUACCCUCGAUAACCUUUUGAAAGAGGAGGCCGUUUGGCAAGAAAAAUCCAAGGAGAAAAAUGCGCUCCUUUUGCAGCUGACCAAAGAAAUUGAUUACCAGAAGCCUAAACUACAACGAGUUGCAAAACAGGUUUCCCGAUUAUCCAGAGACCUCCGCUCACUAAAGAAUACCGAGUCAGAAACACUGGAAGAACAAGAUAUUGAUUUCCGUGAGCUGAAAGACUUCAGCAAAACUGUUGAUAAAAUGCUGCUCGACGUUUCAGAUGCAAAUCCAGAGUUAGGCACAGUCUUCCAGACUUACUUUGAACAGGCUGACUUACCCUUUCCUACUGUCAGUGGCCAUCUGAGUUCACGCUUAUCUGGUCACAGCUCAUCGUCCUCGAGCAUCUCCCCAAAGAGCUCUGCUUCAUCUUCUAGUCAAUCGCACCUUAAAGUUGUCUCUUUGACUUUACCCUCUACUACAGUGGCUUCUUCACGCCCUUCAACCCGAAGCAGCAGCUCCAGAACUUCGCACAGCAGGUCUUCAAAAUAG